AUGCUUGUUUACAAGCCACUUGAUAAAAUGCGAAAAAAGCGACAUGUUGCCAGUGAAAUUGUUGCGCGAGCCUCAUCUGCACUUCCAAGUUUCACGGACAUAUUCGACGAAGAAACCUUCUACAUAUUCUUUGCAUGUUUAGUAAUUUUGUCCUUUAUCAUUGCAUUUGGUCUUGCGUGGUAUUUUGACAUUCAAAUAAAGGAUGCUGAUGCAGCCGGAGAGAAGAAACGAAGAAGAAAAUUGAAGCGAUAA